AUGCAUUUACUGAGAUCACACCGUCGUAUUUCAGAUUCUACAAAAGUACUUACAAAACAGUUGGGUUCGGUUAAUAUUCCCAUUAAUCAGAAGGUAAGUAUUUUCGAGGUGCAAUCCGGAGGAAUGGAUAAAAUCGGUUUUAUCAAAAAGGAUAUGUACAAUCUUGAAUGUAGUGUGAAUGGGAAGCUGAGGAACCACGAUGUUGAACUAGUGACCGAGUAUUUUAUGGCUGAACAGAAAAAAAAUGAGGCUUUUUAUUUCAAGAUUGAGGGAGAUGGCGAUAACAGGUUUAGUCGAUGUUUUUGGGCAGAUGCAACUUCUAGACGGGGUACGGGUUUUAUGGAGAUGUUGUUGUAUUCGAUACCACAUUCAACACGAAUAGAUACGACUUGA